AUGGACGACGCGUCGCUAGAUGGCCCAGCCUCGCUGGAACGCGCUCUUGACAUCGCGGCAUGGGCGGAGGACGAUGAACAGCUGCAGGAUACUCUCAUGCGUAGCUCCCCGAUUCAGCCGGUAGUGGAGGAGGACGAGGAUGAGGAGGACGAGGGGACACCUUCCCCUGCCGACUUCCGAAAGUUCCAAGGCAACGGUACAGAGGAGGAACUGUCGUCCGAGCUAAGGUCGGGGAUGGAGUUUGACAACGCGGACUCUGCCAAGGUGGCGAUCAUCGCUCACUCUCUUGCUCAGAGUGGUGCAUCAGCGAAGGGCGAGUCGAACGCCGAGCGCAUUCGCUACGAGUGUGGCAGCAAGGUGGACAACGGAGGGGCCAGUGCUGCGUGCGGCUAUCACGUCACUAUCACCUAUCGCAAGAACGUCAACAAGUGGGUUGUGGCGAAUAAGAAGAGGUCCAAGCAAAACCUGGUGCAUACCUGUACCCCGCUGGCUGGAGAGCGUCUGUCCCACAGCUGCCAGAUCUUUGUCGAGGCAAUGCUGAGGCAGCAUUGUACCGUCACCCGCACUUCCCCCGCCAAAGACCUCCAGAAGAUCCUCAAGGACAAGCUCAAUUGUGAGGUCCCCUUACAGGCCAUUUAUAGCGCCAAACUCGCCAUUACCGAUGGCGACGUCGACCGCCAGGCUGCAGCUUUCCGCCAGCUCUCUGCGUGGGUUGAACGCUUCGUCGCCUUGCAAGAGGGGAACGUUGCUGAGUGUGAUACGAGGAUGGGCGCCUCCUUCUUUGCUCCCAGGCUCAGCCAGCUUGCGUGGCCGCAUCUGCGCCCGCUUGUCAGUGUGGAUGGCGCGCACUCCAAGUCUUGCCACGACUAUGUCCUCUUCCUUGCUGUCGCAUCUGACGCCAACAAGCAGAGCGUGACCUUAGCUUGGGGUCAUGCAAAGACAGAGAAGCGCGAGUCUUGGGAAUGGUUCUUGAGUCGUUUGAGCGACUGCUACCCUGGGCUGGACAGCAAGGGUACGGUGAUCAUGAGCGACAGGGGCAAGGGUCUCGUCCCCGCUAUCUCCAAUGUCCUCCCGCUCGCAAUACCCAGCCACUGCGCCGUGCAUCUCAUCCGAAACGUUAGGAACAGGAAGCAUAUCGGUUCCACCAAAGAGGCUGUGAACAUCUUCAAAAAGAUGAUCUGGGCGGAGACGCCGGAGGAGUUCCAGCGGCACAGGGCAGAGCUUUCCGGACCUGCGCGCAAUUACGUCGACACCUUUGACACUGCGCAGUACGCUUGCCACGCUUUCCCCACCACACGCUUCGGUCUCGUGUCCAGCAACACCGUCGAGCAGCUCAACGGCUGGCUGCUGGUUGCCCGAGGAGGCGACAUCAUCAGUCUCUUCUCCACCAUCUACGACCACCUCAGGGCGAGUUUCCGGGACAGGCAUAAUCUGCUUGUGGUCAAGCCCCGGCUCGUAGAACGUGAUAUUAUCCAAGACGUCUACCGCAAGGUGAGGGGGGAAAAGAGCAAGGCAAAGGAUUACAGAGCGCUGGUGACCGCCCACGCUGGGAGGGGGGGAGCGGAUGAAGAGGAGGACGGAGCGGAUGAAGAGGAGGACGACGAGCACAUGUUCUUGUUCAGCCAUGUGCACAGGAACGGGAUGGAUGGGAUCGCGAAGCAGAGGAUCGUGAGACUCGAGCUGCCAGUGGGAACGGGGGAGUUCAGGCAAUGGGCUUUGCCUUGUAGACACGUCUGGGCAGUGCUCCUCAACGACUAUGUGUUGAAGAGAUUCGAGAAGAGGUUGAAUCCACUGAGAUACAUACCUCACUGCCACUCCUCCCUCGCGUUCCGCAAAACCUACUCCUUCCAGUUUGACCCGCUCCCGACCGACAACUUCGAGGAGACCCAGUUCAACCUUCCCGAUAAGAUAGCGGGACUGGGUCGCCGAUCCAAGAAGAGGGGGCAAAGCGGAGUCGCCCCCACCCAAAACUCUCAGCUGAGAGUGGAGGGGGGGAUGAGCCAACCGGGUGUGGUGAAGAAGAGGGGGAGGCCGAAGACGAGCAAGAAACGAAAGCAGCCGGACGGGACGUUGGCGCCGUUGGGUAAGGAUGAAUUGCUGCCUGCUGGUAAGCGCUGUUACCAGUGUGGGUUGUGUGAGGGGGGGGCGCGUCACAAAGCGAGGUCGAAGAAAUGCAAGUACUUUGGGAGGGCGGUCGGUGAGGAGCUGGAGGUGCCCAGGGACGUCACCAACUGGAGAGACUGGGAGUAG